CUAUGCGCAUGCCCAGUAGGAUAGCAUCAAGCUCCGCUGCAACAGGUGUGAUUUAAAUGGGAAGUGAGGCAGGGAAAGCUAGCCUGGACAGGCUCUACAUGACAUUUUCAAUUAACGAGAACGUUUGAAACCAGAGUUGUUUGUAAGAAUAAUUUGUGUAAACAAGUCGUGUAGGGCUACUGAUUUCGGUGACAUUCUUAUCACGUAGCCCUACUAAUUCUGCAUUUGCAUCGAAAUUGAAUGGAGCGAUUUUCGCCUACUAACCAGCGUCUGAAUUUGACAUUUGUGUUAUUUAUUUAUCAUCCGACAAAAUAGUUAUAGCCCGUGCAUGGUAUUUCCCGUUGCCUAAGUUAAACUUACGUUUAUUUUAUUAGUGGGAAGAGACAAUUUUGGUUUACAUUUUUUCUUUCAAAGUUAGCUUUUGAACAGAUUUUUUUCAGCAAGGUUUAUCAAACUCUAAUAACGCAUUGACAGACAAAACGUUAAGAAAAAAACGGUGCAAAUAAAAUAUUUUUCGUGUUCGCUGAUAAAAUAGCUCUGAAAUGCGACCAUGCUCCCAUCUACCGGGAGGGUCAAAUUAAAUCGAAGCGUGCUGAAAGUUGAAGGCAAUAAUGGACUGCCAAGCGUGCCCAGAAGGAGACGGCCAUUCAAAGUGUUGUACUCGCCAACCGGCGAUACACAUGGCGAUCCUAACAGCAUCAGGAAAACUCUGGAAUGCUCUUCACAAAACGAGGAAAACAGCGAAUUGAAAACGAAGGAGGAUUUUGUUUUGGGGUACACUGAAUCCACAGUUUUGAAAUCCGAAAAUCAUAAUUUCCCCCCAUACUUGGGGGCAGAAAAGGGGCACCUUGCGAGUGAGACAGCUGUCGGAAAAACAACUGCGGUGCCAGCAGACAGUGGGGAACAGAGGUCACCACCAUUGACUGCAUGUGAAGGUAAGCAGCAGGUGAGCAGGGGGUCAAGCGGGGCUGGAACGCAUGACAGAGGCAUUCUUGAAGACUCUGGAACAGGAAGUGAUGACGUAGAAACAGGAAAGCCAGUCGCUAAGAGGAUGAGAUUGGGUUAUGUCCACGGACACCUAAUGGAGCAAAAACAUUCUAGUCCAAGUGAACCAGAACUGGAUCCUGGGAUAGCUAUCGCUUCCCUUGAAGACAGAGGGACGUGGUCUGAGAUGCCAUGUGACGUCCCGCCGCAUUUACACACAAGUCAUGUCAGUCGUAGUCAUAGCAACGCUACAGAUGCUCCUGUGAGAUCACACCACUUUAUGACACAGGAUGGAGGCUGGAGGGGAGGGCCUGGGGGAGGUGACAGGUCACUGGAGUCCCCUGCCAACGGGACGCUGUCUCCCAGGUCCGUGGAGAACGGAGUGGGAGUAGACCACCCCUCUGACAGCGACACUGAGGACCAAGACCUGUUCUCCUGUCGUAGAGUGGUGGCCUACAUCAAGAGGCUGCAUCUGUCCUGUGCACGCACCUACCUCUCCUGGCCCUUCCCCAAACCUGAUUCUGCACAGUCACUCUCUGUGACAUCAUCAGUCCUCAACGCAAAUGGACCACUGACACCCCCAGCGGAGUCUGUGUCAUCAGCUGUGGGCUGUGUUAAUGGAGCCUUGGUGAACGGAUAUGGAGACUCACUGGUGAGGGCUGAGAGAACCAGAGUUCUCACCUCUCACUGUACACUCACUGAAUACACUCCACAGACAAGCUACCAGGAGGUCUAUGCUCAUAGGAAUGGGAUGAAGGGAGAGGGAAACAUGAUGGAAGAGAAAGACAUGAGCAAUGGAAGAGAAGGAAAAGAGGAUGAGAGCGUGACCCAGUGUUCACUCUCUCCUGACACUUCAAGCAAGGUGUACCCAUCCCAUCCUCUCUGUCACAAGAAGCCACAGUCCCAACUCCGAACAAGGGGUCUCCAUGGCAACAAAGCUUCCAUCUCCCCUCCACCUAAAGCUCCCACCAUCUCCACCCUCCUCACCCCACCCAAAAAACACAGUGAAACUGAUCCAAUUAUUUCAGUUUCCUCCAACCUUUCUCAAACUGACACAGACACUGUUUCUUGCCUCUCUCCACGCAAAACUGACUCUGUCUCAACCUUCCCUCCAGCUAAAGUCAGUGGCGGCGGUGAGACAGCCUCCACCCCCCGUCCUAUAGGCGUCGGUAGUGACAUAGCCACUGCCGCCUUUCUGCUGUUCUCAUCUGCAUCCCAAAACAUAGAGACAUCCCCACCACCCUCCUCUCCUACUCCCUACUCCCCUCGGAGGAAGGAUGAAGGUGAGUCUAUGUUCAAUGCAACCUCCUCCCCAUCAGCUGUGGACAGUAAGACAGACACGUCUCACUCAGACUCCUUUCACUCAGCAGAGUCAUCCCCUCUUCCACCAGAUUUCUCCUGUCUUUCAGCUGAAUCCUCCUUUCUCUCAUCCAGCUCCUCACUUCUGCCUCAAGAAAAAAGAAAGGCAGAGGGAGUGGAGGUGCAGAGCAGAGAGGGAGAUGAAAUGAAAGGAGAGGCGGCUGCGAGUGGAGAACUGAAGGUUUUGGUUUUACCAGGCAGUGAGUCCUCCAGUCCAGAGAAGCAGGAGCAGAAGCGUCCAGAGCAGAAGAGCACACAGGGGGGCUCGUCGCUUGGCAAGCCCAAAGAGGGAGAGGCUGUGGUGGCCACGACCAGUAACCUCGCCCCUGGGAUUCUUGGAGGUCAAACACCAAUGCUGUGCAUAACACACCUGAUGCUGCAAACACAGAGCUACUCAGAAGAGGAUGAUGACUUUGUAGACCAGAAAGAUAAGUUGUCCCGUGCAGUAGGUGCUGGAACACAGGCCCAGGCAUCCUCCACUGAUGAAGAUGAUGGUACAUGUGGUGAAGAGGGGCAUUCACAGUCUUCUGGAGAUGGGACACUAGAGCCUGUUAGAACCCAGCCCUGUACUGAUGAAGAUGAUGUCGAUCAUCAUAAUCAGUCCACCUCCUGUACUAAGGUCACGUCUGAGAACCAGGAAGCCGGCACUCCUUCCUCUUCCGGAUCACACACUCAACACCAGGAAGUAGAAGUUAGGGCAGGGUCAAAAGUCAAGCUGGCUAGUGACCCCAAAGCUGACUUCUUGGAUGAGUUCACAGCCUACGAGCAGGACAUCCUGCUUGUGGAUGUUCUCCUGGAUGACCCAGAGCUGUUUGGCAGCUUGCCUCAGGACCGUGAACCCAUGCUGGGGUCAACCAGGGGACGAAGGGCCCCUAGAGCCAGAACCACCAUUGGGGCAGGGAGAGCCCUACUACUCACGGGUGCAGGUCCCUCAUGGGCCACUGAGAAAAGCUCCACCACGGAUACAGAUGGGCCUGGUUUUAAGACUGACCAGAGAAGAAUUAUCCACUUUAAAGAUGAGGAGAGUGCAGGACGAUCUUGGAGACCUGUAGCCAGCUCCAACCCUAAGCCUGCCCUGGUCCACAGCAACAGCUGGCCCCCUACUGUCCAGGCGUUACAUCCAGACCAGGGUGGAACUGACUACAACUACAGUCCUAUGAAGGCAGAGAUCUCUGAGAGGGCCCAGGCCAUCCAGUCUCUGAACUCAUUUAAGAGCACACUGCCUUAUCUGAUGACUGGAGACUCCUGGUGCAACGGACAUACAACCUCAUGUAAAGACCCAGCGGCAGCAGACACCGGCCCUCAAAGACAAUUUGACAGUUAUUGCAAGUACUAUUUCAGCAUGUCGGACUGUUUCCAUAAGACCUGUUGGUUCCUCCAUGUGCCCAAGAGAGGAGACGAGAAGUUCUGUGUGGAGACGGUGCUGAGGUUUGUCAGGUCUUCCAACCCUGUCUGUCUGCAGAGGGCAGUGUCAGUGUUUACGUCGUACUACCAGUUCAGUCGUCCAGGUGUCUACCACACCCCUCUGGUCCUGAAUUCUCUCCUGGCCGCUCUGCUCAAAGCUGGCUUUCUGUCUGACAUCAUCACGGUGCUGCAGGUCAGCACCGCCCACAACAUACUGCCCAGUCCAGCGUUUCUCCUGGCUCUGUUUGACUAUGUGGGAGAGAGAGACCAAUCCAUCUUACCUGAACUCAUUCAACUCACCUCUAAGAUGGUGGAUGCAGGCUUGGGGUUAAAUGUGGACCAAUGUGAGCGUGUCCUACACAUGUUCCUUCAGUCGCCACAAUACCACCCAGCAGACUCACCUGAGAAUUACACAACUAAACCUGGCAACCACAGGUCGAUGAACACCGACGCUCCCACUCCUGAAGCGCUGAGUCUGGCCCAUGCUCUCGUGGAGUUGUGUUCCCAGCAGGAGGACUGGGGGAGGUUGGGUGUAGUCUUCCGCUCCAUAUGCCACUCCCACAGAAGCCUUGUCGACUUACAGCACUUCAGCGGCUGCGUUGCCAUAGCGCUGCUCGAGGGGGACAAAGACAGACUGGCCCUGCCCUUCGCCUCCUUCACUGAGACAGUGUACCAGGAGACAGAUGACUGGGAUGAUGGUCUGAUCAAGAGCUUCUUGGGGAGAAUAGGAGUCUCUCUGAUGUUCAGAUACCACAAGACACAACAAUGGGCCAAGGGCCGGAGGCUGGUGGAUGUGUUAUCCAGGUUAAAGGUUAACUACUCCACUCUGAAGGGACUGUUCGGUAACGAGGAUGGAGCUUCUCGCUGUCACCUGAUCACAAUAGCUACAGAACUUUUCCUUAGGAGCGACAGUGUUGAGGGGGCACUCAAUACACUCCGAGAUAACGAGUGGUUCCUGAGUUCGUGUGUGUGGCCGUGUUCGGUGGAGGACGUAGCGGAGAGAACAACUGUUCUGGUUCGACUGGCUGAGAUAACAUCCCACAGAGACACACUGGAGGUCCUCACUAACCUGCCUGGUCUUAAGGAACCUGCAGACCUAGCAGACAUCUCCAUAUACGGCUGUCUGUUCAACAGUCACCUCAAGUCAUGUGUCGACAGACAAACUGUGACUGUGGCCUCAGACACGCUGGGUUUCAUGUUGUCUAAGAGCCUGGCUGUGGAUCCUCCUCUGCUGCACACUCUGCUGCACAAACUGGGCAAGCAAAACAUCUGGCUACGGGCUAGAGCUCUCUUCAAACAGGCCCUGUGUCUAGGCUAUUACCCUGGUGUGAAGUCCGUGCCAGGCUCUCUAGCACUAACCGUUCCCUGUUCCCUGGGGGAGAUGGAGAUAGCUCUGGCCUUUGAGAUGGUCCUCACCUUCAAUGCUACAACCAUCCUCAACACAACAGGCACACCACAGUCCAUCAUCAUCACACUCAAGAGAACAGGGGACCGUGAGAGUGAGUACUUGGCGGCAGGCAGUCGCCUCCUCUCGGCAGCAAUCGUCCCCAACCCUAAACUGACCGUCCACUAUACAGCGGUCAACUCCUGUCAGGAACAGCUGUUCACGGUCGACACACACACCGCACGCCGCUGGCUCCGACACAACCACACCUGGGCCAACGAGGUCUGGACACAUUCCUAAAAAUAAAAGCGUUCCCAUCCUGGGAAUACCGACCAAUGUUCUUUCUGGGAAUACCAGGAAGGUUUGGAACAGGACAAGGUUGUACUGAACACUUCCAUGGCCGUGUGUGUGACACUCUUCGAAGUUUAACCUGCAGCAUCUAGACUUUACAGGCUGAUCUGAUCAAGGGAUUUAUAUCAAGAAAAGACUAUCAGAACUGCAUAUAAUUGUUUGAGUUUUUUACAAAACUUAAUUGUAUGUUGAGUUUUUCAUUGUAAGUCGUUUUAAUUUAAAGGAAAUGUUGGAGGCGAAAGUACGAAGAACUUUCCAAGUUUGUUUGGCUUUGACUAGAUUUUGUUUGAAAAAUGUGUUUUAUUUGAAAGUUCUCUAAUUUUAGCUUGAUUUAGCUUCAUUGUCUUAACACUUUUUGUUGCACCGUUCUGAGGCACUUGAACAAUUUUUGAAGCUAGAUUUUACUGUUUUGUAAGAAAUUAAAAAAAGAUUAAAGAAUGUCGUUAUUCAACUGGGUACCAUUCAUACUUGACUACAAGGUUUGUUUCAGAAAAUGUUUAUUUUCCUUAGCAUUUGUUUCUAGGCAGAUUUAAAAGCCUAAAAUGUAUUAUUUUGUCAGUCAGCUCUUUCAGUAUUGCUACAUUUUAAUGGAAUAAAUUCACAACAGUACUAUUAUUAUUGUAAAGAAAGCAAGCGUGUCCCAAAACUAUGAUCUCACUGUAAUUUUGAGACAGACAUUUUGAUCCCAGUUAACCUAAUGGUCUAACCUAAUUUACGAUUUCCCUGAUUUCUUUACAUUCCUAUUUGUUUCCUUUUCCAGUGCAAAAUCAUUCAAUUUUUCUCAUUCUUCAAAGUGAUUGUCGAGAACCUGGUUCUCUGUUCUAAGUCUAUCGCCGGUUCUAGCGAUGAACAGUAUUUCAGCAUCUUCUACUGUAGGUAGUAUGUUUGUGUAAAACACAUGGUUUUCUGGAACAACAGUCUAGAAGCUUCAAUUUAGUUUUAGUCUUAUUUUGUAUUAUUAAUGGAAAAAUAAACUACUACUGACUGA